AUGAAUGCAACUAGUAGGAAUACUUUAUUAGAUGAAAAUAAGAACAUGAACAAUUCAUAUAACACAAAAACCUUAUGGGUAGGUGAUUUAGAGAAGAUUAAGGAUGAGGUUGUUGACGAGAAUUAUAUUUUAUAUUGUAUGUUUUAUGAAUUUGCUGAGGAUAUAAUAAGAAUAAAAUUAUGUAAAGAAAAGAGCAAUCAAAAAAAUUCAUAUGCUUUUAUAGAGUUUUCUACAUAUGAAGUAGCAAAAUAUUGUUUUGAGAAAUUGAAUGGAAAAUGGAUACCAGGAAAAGCUCAUAGGUUUAAAUUAAAUUGGGCUAAGUAUAAUAUGAGUGAUAAUAUAACCACAAAUGAAAAAGAUUUAAAUAUUGAGAUAGAUGAUAAAGGUACUUAUUCUAUAUAUGUUGGUAGCUUACCUAUAAAUACAACAAAAGAGGAAAUUGAGAAUUUGUUUUGCAAUAUAUAUAAUAGUAUAUGUUUUGUUAAGAUGAUUAAGAACACUCAAAAAAGUCCACAUAAAAUUUAUUGCUUUAUUCAUUUUUUUAAUUAUGAUGAAUGUCUUAGAGCGUUGACAGAAAUGAAUGGUUAUAUUUUUAAAGGAUGUAAAAUUAAAGUAAGUAAAUCUAACGGUAUUAAAAUGAAUCCUUCUAAUAUUAAUAAUAAUAAUAAUAAUAAUGUGAACCAUAAUAUAAAUCAUAAUGUAAAUAACAACAAUAUUGUUAAUAAUAAUAAUAAUAUGAAUGCAAUUUAUUAUAAUAAUAAAAAUUUCGAUGGUAACAUGAAUAAUUAUCAUAUGAAUAAAAAUAAAGGGAUUAAUACUAUUAGAAUGAAUGAUGACAAAAAAAAUGGAAAUAAAAAUUAUAUAUAUAAUGGUAAUAAUAACAACAACAACAAUAAUAAUAAUAAUAUUAACAAUAAUAAUAAUAUUAACAAUAAUAAUAAUAAUAAUAACAAUAUUGUUAACAAUAAUAAUAAUAAUGUUAACAAUAAUAAUAAUAAUGAAUUAAGCAAUCAUCAUUCUUAUGAACUGAAUUUUUACGAUCAUAUGAAUUCAAAUGUUAAUACUUUUCCUUCACAUUAUUCUACACACAAUGGUAGUACCAGCAGUUUGUUAUAUGGCUCUAAUAAUUUUCCUACUCAACUAAACCAUAUAAAUCAAAUGAAUACAAUGAAUCAGUUGAACCAGAUGAAUACUAUGAGUCAAUUAAACCAAAUGAAUUCAAUGAAUCAAUUAAGUCAGUUGAAUCCAUUGAAUCAAUUGAACCCAUUGAAUCAAUUAAACCAAUUGAACCCAUUGAAUCAAUUAAACCAAUUGAACCCAAUGAAUCAAUUAAAUCAGUUGAACCCAAUGAAUCAGUUAAAUCAGUUGAACCAAAUGAGUCAGUUGAAUCAAUUGAACCAAAUGAGUCAAUUAAAUCAAUUGAACCAAAUGAGUCAGUUGAAUCAACUAGGUCAUAUGAAUCAGGUGAAUUAUUUUACAAACCAAAUGAGUGUGAUACAAGAUUAUACGAACAGUAUUAGUAACAUGAAUCAUAUAAAUAGUUACGGUAGUAAUGAUAUGAACAGUGAGAUGAUAAAUGACAUGAACAGUGAGAUGAUAAAUGACAUGAACAGUGAGAUGAUAAAUGAUAUGAACAGUGAAAUGAUUAAUAAUAUGAACAGUGAAAUGAUUAAUAAUAUGAACAAUGAGAUGAUAAAUAAUAGGAACAGUGAGAAAAAUAAUAAUGUGAAUAAUGAUAUGAAUAAUGACAUAAAUAAAGAUAUGAAUAAUGAUGUGAAUAAUGAAAUAAAUAAAGAUAUGAAUAAUGGAUAUAAUGAAAAUACAGGAAAUCAUGAUGAAAGCAUUUUAAAUUGUAAAAUGAAUGACUGUACAUAUAUGAGUGACAUGAGUACAAUUUAUUCAGAGAAUAAUAGGAAUAAUAUGAAUGAUACUAAAGAUUUAAACAUUGUGAAUAUGGUUGUAAAUAAUAAUAUAUCUAAUGAUGAACAAAUAAAAAAAAACCAACUUAUGGAAAAUGAUAUGAAUGGAUAUAACAAUUCUUAUGAGUUAAAUUUUUAUAAUAACCACUGUAAAAAUGAAGAAUAUGAAACUCAAAAUGAUAACAUGAAAAAAAAUAAUAAUAAUAAUAAUAAUAAUAAUGUUACGUGUGAAAUAAAUAUUAGUAGUAAUAAUUAUUAUUAUGAUGGUUCUAUUAAUAAUGAUAAUGUUAGCUAUAAUAAAGGAAACCAUGAUAAUAAAAAUGAAAAUAAUUCAAUUCGUAGUACAAAUAAUGAUAGUAUCGAUAAUAAUGCUAGUAAUAUGGAAAGUACAGACAAUACAUGUAGUAAUAUCAAGGAUUUCUAG